GCUUUUCUUGCCACCAAUUUAAUACAGAAGAGAGAAGAAUGUUCUCUCUGGCAUUAUGAAAGCCAGCAGAUUGAGUCCAGUGGUGUGAGUGAGUGCAGCGGUUCAGACACCACAAAGUGACCGUUCAGGAUGAGCGGGAUGCGGACUAUCGUGAUCUCCACAGCGGCGGUCGCUGUCCUGGGGCUUGGCUAUGGAAUGUGGUCUAUUGUAUCUCCGGGAGAAGAGAUGAGGAAAGAGAAGCUGAAGAAUCUCCCUGAAUCAAACCCAGUGAGAAUGGAAGAGACGAGGCAUAGGAAUGCCAUGAUGAUGCAAGUCUUAAAGGAUGCUGCUGAAACCAAUGAUAACCUUGCAAGAGGAUUUGGACCUGGGAAGUAGAGAUACAUACUCUGAUCAUCGUUGGCUAUUGAGUGCUCCUGACAUGAGUUGCAAAUUAAUCACAUAAACAUGCACAUUGUCGGCGUGCAUGGAAGCUGUUGUAUAAUGUUAAAUUCUUUACUUUGCAUUGAACUAUUUGAUUAAAACUCUUUAAAUAAAACAGCUUCUCAGUC